UUAAUAAAAAUAAUUAAAAAUGUAAAAAUAAAAAAUAAAUUUUUGAUACUAGAAACGCGCGUUGUAAACUCAGCUCAGGUAUAAAUUUAGCAAUAAAUUAACAAUAAAAAAACAUAGACUGCAAUUUUGUGUACACUUUUUAUACAGUUAAGACAGAAACAAAAAAUCUUUAAGAACAAACAAAAUUUAAACAUGCUGAGGCAGUGGCUUAGCAGGGCUUAAAAAAAAUAUUUUCGAAAAAUAACAAACGGAAAUAGUUGAGAGCAGCAAAAAAUUUGUUAGACACGUGCGAAUUUAUGGCGCCGCGUCGCAGCAGCAGCAGCAGCAGCGGUAACUCUCAACAGCAGCAGCAGCAGCAACUACAGCUACAACUCCAGCAACAUCAGCAGGAGCAGCAGGAGCUGCAUCUCUACAACUCCGCUCUCCACUUCUCGACUCCACUGUCUACAACUAACAUGGCGCCCAUGCAGCAAACGCUCAGCGUCGGCGUUCAGUUGACGCGCUGCUGCUAUCCUAACGGUGAAUGCACCAAACUGGACACCCUCAUCGCCCUGGACGAUCAGAGUCGGCUCGGCGACUAUGUGCGCGUGGUGUGCAACAAUGAGAACUGCAACGAGGGCCAGUAUAUGCAUCGGGAUUGCUUCGAGCAGUGGGAGGCGGGCGUGCUGCAGCAGCUGAAGGCGAGCGCUCGGGGUCGCAGCUGGUCGGAGCGGCAGCGUGUGCAGCAGUUGUGGACCAAAAAGGGCUACGAUCUGGUCUAUAAGAAUUGCAGCUGCAAGUGCGGCCGUGGGCAUUUGCGCAAGGAUCUGGAAUGGCCGCCGACUGGAAUUUGCUUCCAGCGGUCGUUGAUUGGCAGCGGCGGCAGUGGCAGCGAUGAAGAUGAUAAAAAGGCGAAGGCGAAGAAGAAGCGAAAUCGCAACACCAAUGGAAAUGCCAGCAAUAAUAUUAAUAAUAACAACAACAACAACAACACGGCCAAUAACCAAAAACAAGCUGUUGUUGCUUUAGCGCCGAUCAACACGAAUGCGGCGAAUAUUACGCCCAAUCCGAAUGUGGGUGUGAUUGGCUCUGGUUUGCCCCACAACAACAACAACAAUAACAGCAACGGCAGCAAUAAUCAUGCAAACGGCUUGCAGCCCAGCGUUGUGGCAACCCUCAGCAACAUACUCAUGAGCAGCAACAACAACAACAACAACAGCAAUGGCAACAACAACAAUCACAAUGUGUUGGGUCUAGAUUUGCGUGCUCGUGCUGGAAGUCUCUCUUCCAGCGGUUCCAGUUCGCCCUCGGCCUCGCAGUCCAGUGCAGACAGCUCGCUCUCGCCCGUGCAGCAGCAACAGUUGCACUAUCAGCAACAGCAGCAGCAGCAACAACAACAACAAUUGCAGCUGCUGCAACAACAACAUAACGGUCUCGGCCUGGCCAAGUGCCUGCUGCAGCCACCAACACCGUCAGCAGCAUCAGCAGCAGCAGCACCGCAGCUGCCCUCCUUGGUCAACAUCAGCGGCUUCAAGCCGCUCGCCAGCUACGAUCAGCAGCAGCUCGUGCAGCAGCAGAAGAACAAAGAAGUCGAAAUCUACUCGGAGCGUGUGCGCUCCACCUCUGGUUGCAAUGGCAUCUUCUCACGUCGCGUGGAUUUCUCAUCAUUCAAUUUGCUGCCAAAGACGCGUUUGAAUUCUUAUCAAGUUAAGAUUGAGGACGAGGGCAAUCAUGGCAAUGAUGAGACACGCCUCUUCAUACUCUCAUCGCUGGCCCAGUCGCAGAUGAGUCGCGUCGCCUGCAUCUUGUGCGAGGAGCCGUUGCUUGUAUUCGAUCGCUAUCCCCUGGUCGAUGGCUCCUUCUUUCUAAGUCCCAAGCAGCAUUCCAGCGGCUGCAUUGAGGUUAAAUACGAGGGACGCAUGCUCUAUUUGACCUGCGUCUGCAUGAGCUGCCUGGAUGGCACCUCCAGCUGUCGUGUCAUCAGCUGCCGAUUCUGCAAUGAACCCUGGGAUGGCUCCAACCUGGUGCUCGGCACAAUGUACGCCUACGAUAUCUUUGCGGCUAUGCCAUGCUGUGCUGAGCGUUUCAAGUGCAAUAAUUGCUUCAAGAUGCUAAUGCAUCCACAGCAGCGGCUGAGCUUCUACAGCGACUACUCGCACGGCGUCACUUGCCCCUAUUGCAACACGCAGGACACUCACUUUGUUAAGCCGCUUAGCUACUGCUACACCAAGAGCAAUGCGACGCGGCUGCAGGCGAUCGCAUAACAUGAGGCCCCGUUGGAGACACCAACGGUUGCUGGCGCAAAUGUAAAUGCGAACGCAGUCACAGCCAGUGGCAAUGGUGCUUCAACGGCCUCCAAGCAGCCGCUAUAUAAUGCGGCCAUCGACUACUCCGCCCCGCUGCAACAGCAGAUUAAUCCCGACUUAAUUGGCGCCCAUCCGCACGCCCAACAACAUCAGCAGGUAAGGCAGCAACAGCAGCAGCAGCAACAGCAGCCACCACAGCAACAGCAGCAGCAGCA